CAGUAUGGCUGUCCUGUUCCUGCGGGAGAUGUCCCUGCCAUGCACAGAACAGCAGAUGGAGGUGUUGACAAGCCGUUUAUCCAGACCUGAGGCCUUUGGUCCAGUCAGCGCCUGGGGACCAGAAGUUUUCACUGAAAUUGGGACAUUGGCAGUGGGCCUGGAGGACAUGGUGCUGUCAGCUCUGGUACAAGAACAAGUGGAGGGAAUCACCCCUGAAGCCAUCGCACUGAUGUCACCAAAACAAAUGGCAGUGGCAUUCAGUGCAGUGCAGUUGUCGUGGCUGAGCGCUGAGCAGGCGUGGGCUGUGUCCGAGGAGCAGUGGGAAGAGCUGGACACCGAGCAGAGACACGCUGUCGGACUGGCUCGAUACGAAGGAGACGUCCUGCUGGAGCUGAGAGGGAGAAACUCGGCUCCAGCAACCCUGAACGCAGACUGCUUCAUUGUACGCUCACUGGGUCUGUGCCUCUUGUUUUAUCAACUAAUUUAAAAUGCUGGAACAAAUUUAAUUGCCCCUUGACCUCCCUUGGUAUCAUCAUAUUUGUACUUGAAUAAAUAUUUUGAAUGGG